AUGUGUCACGACUCGACGCGCAUCGAGCUAGAGGCAGAGAAACCUGGUCUGGCCGGCCCAGAUGCGACCAAGUGUUCGCGCCUCGGGGGGCUAUCCAUGUCCCAGGGACGAAGAUGGCGAGAUACUUCUAAACGUCGGCGGGGACGCGCACCCCGUCGAUGGAGCUCCUCCGUCGCAUGGUGGAUGGCCCUAGUGUGCGUGGUGCUAUCCUGGGCUGCGCCAGCUACGGCGGCGUUGUUGAAUUUCGAUAAUUGCUUGAGCCAAACGAUCUUGGAUUCGAAUCCGCCCCAGUUGCAAUACAUCCCGCUCAACGUCUCCGUUCGAUUUAAUCUCACCGACCCCCUACGUCCGCUGAAUGUCACGGUCUACGGAAAUGUGUCGGGUACAGCGGACGGCUCGACUGCUCCCUCAUCGACGGACCCGUCGUGGAGUAAUUCGAGCUCGACCGUGGGAAAGAUCGUCGACCUGAGCGCUGCCAAUAACAAAUACAGCACGCUGAUUACCUCUUUCGAUGUACUGAGCUUCACGGCAUGGGGCAAUGCGUCACGAUUCUGCGAAUCGGUCACGCAGGGCGAGUGCCCACUGGGUCCAGUCUUCAAUUACAAUCUGAGUGAUUUGAGCACACUGCGGGCUUUCUCCGUUGAACAUGAUAUGCUCUCCACGUACCGCUUUUCUACAAUCAACCCGACGUUUAUUAUCCGAUCUGGCGACGCAUCCGCGGCCGAGCUGGGCUGUAUUACCAUUCCGAUCACACCAGACUUUGGCUCGUCCCUCAAGAACGCUCUCGCCUAUGUGCCACUGGUGAUCUUACUGUUGGUGGGGAUUGCUACCGUGACAGCGGCGAUCUACAGCCCAUGGGGGACAACGGAUAUUUUUCGAUGGACAAGCAAUUAUGGUCGCGACGAAGACGUGCUACGAUUGGUGACGCCUGGCUUUGCGGAUUGUCUGCAGUACCUGCAAUACGUCGUCCUGACCGGGUCUCUGUCUUUGAACUAUCCCGGAUUCUUCCAGCCUGCAGUCAGCUACGGAUCCUGGUCGGUCUUGAUGUUUAAUCAGAGCUUCGUUCAUCCUGAUGGCGGUAACGACCCGGUUGUUGAUGGUGUCUACGCACUUAACGGGACAUACGGGCUGGACCGAAUGAACCAGCUAGUCGGGAUGGCCUCUACUAAGGAUAUCUGGCCCGGCAUGAUGGUCUGGACAUUGGUCAUCUUGGUCGCCAUGACUGCCAUCUGCCAGAUCGGCUUUGGACUGCGUUGGCUCCAUCGCGAACUCGCACACAGUACAGAGCAGGACCUGCGCGCCAAAAACAUGCCAUUCACCAUUGGCAACGUCAUUCGCAUCGUCUUCAAUUACCUUCUCCUUCCUAUAGUAUCCCUCUCCUUCUUCCAACUCGUCAUCGCCAAAGGCUCUCCUGCGUACAGCGUUGCGCUGGCCGCCGUGGUCAUCGUUGUCGUCAUCUGCUUCUCUAUCUGGCUGGUUCGCGUUAUCGUGUCUACUCGACCAAAAUCCCACCUCUUCGAUGACCUCCCUACCGUCCUGUUAUACGGACCACUCUACAACACCUACUGCGACGAUGCCACCGCCUUUGCCAUGAUCCCUAUAUUUCUCAACUUUGCCCGCGGCGUUGGCAUUGGAGCUCUCCAGCCGUCCGGCAUUGCACAGGUUGUCCUGCUGGCCAUUUGUGAGGUCGUGUCCGUGUUGACCCUGAUCGCCUUCCGACCUUUCCCUUCACCUACUCAUAUGAAUCUCUACCAUGGUAUCUUCUCCUGCGUCCGAUUCCUGACUAUGAUUAUGAGCGUGGUGUUUGUACCCUCUUUGUCCGUGUCCUCCGCCGCGCGAGGCUGGAUCGGAUAUGUAAUUCUCGUUUUGCACGCCUUGGUUAUCAUCUUUGGCUUCUUCCUCAAUGCGUUGCAGACCUUGAUUGAAGUCUUGGCACGACUCGCCGGUGCUGGUGGUACCACCCGUGGUGGUUUAGUCAAGGUCUUUGGCAUGCGACAGCUAUCGCGGCGUGUGCCGCGCCAGGAUCUCGCUCGGCAAAGCAUGGGCUCCGAGGCAGCUAUGCUGGCACAUGCGGACGACCGGAUGUCUUCUCAGUUUGGAGACUCCCGCCCUCGCAGCUUGUCUGGAAGCUCAGCUCUCCUGCUCAACCGUGCAACGGCUAGCGAGGGACGUGCUAGUGCAGUCCUCGAUUAUGCCAGUUCGCAGGGUGGUGGCUCGCACAGCCGCGCUCCGAGCGGUAACUUGUAUGCGCAGUCCCCUACCGCAUAUACCGGGGCUGGUGGGUAUUCCAGCGGAUCGCCGAAUAGCAGCACGUUCAUUGCACCACACCCUCGUGAUCCGUACUAUCGACCACCUCGCCCAGGGCGGCGAACACCGCAAGGCUCCUUUGAUAGGACUAAGCGGAGCUCCAGAUCGUUCUUGAAAAGCAGUCGUGCACGCGAUGAAGAGGACCUUGGCGAUGCGACCCCGAUGUCUGGCCGUGGCACCCCGGUGCCUGCAUACCUGCCUGCGCCAAAGGAUGAUAUGGAGAUGGAGGACACGGAGCAGCGAAAGGACUAUGCCGUUCGUGAGGUCGAUUUCUACUACCGUGUGCGUGGACCUCCGCUCUCGCACACCGGUACUCGGAAAUUGAAGACAGGGCCAGCCGAUCCUACCGGGCCCGUUUCUUCCGCCACUGGCUGGUUCCUUAACUUGUUCCAGGGCAAGACCAAAGACAAGGGUAAAGGGUUUGAGGUUGUUCGAAGUGCUCGGGCACCACCUCCAAACCUUUUCCCUGUCAGCGAUUAUAAUGAGCCCUACCACGAUGACCCGCAGGCGGAAGAUGCUGCAGCUGGUGGUCACUCUCGGAAUGUGUCUGCAAGUGAAGCCCCUUAUCGUGACUCUGAAGGCGAGCAAGGCGGUGAGAAUGGUGAACGGGAGAUAAAAGAGUCUGGCGAAGCCUCCGGGCCCCCGGUUCUGCCAGAGCUCAAUACUGUUGGCGGCAUCGAGCUACCUAGUCGCCUCGGAUCCCGUCGUACCCAGGCACCAUCUGAACACGGCGGAGAGGAUGCCUUCACAGGCCUGCCAGCCGUCACAGAGGCAUCCUCUCCGCAAUCAAAAAGCGUCCACUCCCAUUCAGAUCACCACCUUCAGCCCCAAUCAUCCCCCACCACCGCACGCCUCCCCUUCAGCGACAGCAGCUCACCAUCUCGCGAGCGAGGCCUCUCAGUUGCAUCAACGUCUGGCUCUCUAACAUCCAGCCACAAGACUGGCCGCGAGGGCAGUCGAGCAGAGCGACCCUCAAGCAUGGGCUACGUCGCGCAACACCGCACACGCGAUAACAUCCACGAAGCCAGUCCCGAUGAGCCCUCCUUCACAGGUAGUGCAGCAGAACUCGUCGUCGAACAUCUACACGGCGAGCACUAA